UUCGAUACGUUUGCAGCGAAUUGGAAAUUCUCCCACGUGACAUCAAGUCCGAAGUAUCCACAGUCAAACGGGCUCACAGAAAAGACCGUGCAAACCGCCAAAAGAAUGUUAGAGAAAGCCAAACGUGAUCGAAGAGAUCCAUACCUCGCUUUGUUAGAACAACGCAAUACAACCGUGGCUAGCUACAAAUCACCUGCACAACUAUCCAUGGGAAGACGUCUGCGUUCACUUCUACCAUGCACAACGAAUCACUUAAUUCCUGAAACAGUUUGUUAUCGCGAAACAGAAAGCAUGUUCCAGAAAAAGCAGGCUGAGCAGAAAUCCAAUUAUGACAAGUCGGCCGUGCCUUUACAACCAUUAAAGAAUGGUGAAGCCGUACGUGUCAAGCAGGAAUGUGAAUGGAGACCCGGGAAAGUGAUCGAAAUAGCAGAUACGCCUCGAAGUUACUUAGUCGAGACUCCAGAAGGGGCUGUAUAUCGCCGCAAUCGAAGACAUUUACAUAGAGACGCGUCGCAUGAUCAGUCUAUUCUACACACAGAUUCGGGAACGAACGUACAGUCGAAGCAAACCGAAAUUACGGAACAUGAACAGCAGUCAAGAAGCCCAGAACACUAG